GCUAAACAUCGUCGGCAUACGUCGAAAACACUGUAUCUCUUGUGGAACUUCCGGUGCAAUGGACGACGAGGAAGGUUUCCGCCAAUGUUCAACACCGACUUGCAGAGCCGUCUACUGCGCGGGGUGCUUCGAAGAGCUCGAGAACGUGUGCACGGUCUGCUUAAACCCGGCUGACUACGGAGACUUGUCCGACGUCAGCGAAGAGAAGGAUUCGAGCGAAGUCGACUGUGAUGAAGGAGACUCGAGCGAAUCCGACGAGUUCGAGACGAUUCGUGACUUUCUUCGACGGAGGUCUUCCGCUGCUGCUCACAUGGUCGAGGGCACUUCGGGGGCGGAAACACCGCGGCCGUUGCAGUUCUUGGACGUCUGAACAGUCGUCGCAGCUUGCGUUUAAGUGCAAAAGAACAAGAACUGUUAAAAAUUUUUUUUCCGAGAUACAAACCUCGUUCGUGUAUACUCUCCAAUGUUGAUCAACUCAAAGCCGUACGCAGCAUUCGGAAUGCGACUGAUUCUCCUUUAUGUGAGUUUACUGUAAAUAUACCAGCGAUACGUGCGGCUCAGAUAUUUUUAUGCAGGAUUUGUGUCAGUUCUGCAACCGUAAUAAUUAUUUUCAGUUCUUACGGCUGCGUCGCAGGAACCUCGAUGCAAUCAGUAUAGCUGCGUUUGUCUGCUAAAGUAUUUU